AUGGACGAUGUGCAAUUGACUGAACGUCACCGGCCCGCGGCAACCGGCGGCUCGGCCGAGCCCGUGGCCGGUCACGAGAUCCUUCUCGACGACACGGGCAGCCAAAUCGAGCAGCCGCAGCUGGCGCCCGUCGACGGCGGCGUCGCGGCCUGGCGCGUCUUGCUGGCGGCCUUUAUGUUUGAGGGCUGCCUUUGGGGCUUCCCCAUGUCGUACGGCGUCUUCCAGCAGUACUACUCGACCAUCCCCGAGUUCGCCGGCAACCGGUACAUUGGCGUCGUCGGCACCAUCGCCUCGGGCGUCGGCUACCUCGGCGCGCCGCUCAUGAUGCUGCUCGUCCAGCGCUACCAGCGGUGGCUGCGGCCCAUGAUCUGGAUCGGCUGGCCCGUCUGCAUCCUCAGCCUCGUCGCCGGCUCCUUCGCCACCACCCUCGAGGGCCUCAUCCUCACCCAGGGCGUCGCCUACGGCCUCGGCUUCCUCGUCUUCUACUACCCGAUCCUGCACAUGGUCAGCGAGUACUGGGUCGCCCGCCGCGGCAUGGCCUUUGGCAUCCUCUGCGGCGCCUCCGGCAUCUCCGGCGCCGCCAUGCCCUUCGCCGUGCAGUCCCUGCUCUCCCGCUACGGCUACGCCGUCACCCUCCGCGCCGUCGCCGUCGCCCUCGUCGUCCUCACUGGGCCGCUGCUCCCCUUCCUCCGCGGCCGCCUGCCCCCCUCCGCAUCCUCCGCGGCCGCCUCUGCCCCGAUCGACUGGCGCUUCCUCCGCAGCGGCCUGUUCUGGACAUACUCCCUGUCCAACCUCCUCCAGGGCUUCGGAUACUUCUUCCCCGCGCUGUACCUGCCGUCGUACGCCGCGGCGCUGGGCAUCGGCGAGCGCGCGGGCGCGCUGCUGCUCGCGGUCAUGAGCGUGGCGCAGGUCUGCGGGCAGUUCGCGUUCGGCUGCCUGUCGGACCGCCGCCGGGUGUCGACCAGCGCGCUCGCGUCCACGGCCGUGGCGGUCGCGGCGGUCGCGUGCCUCGCCAUGUGGCAGCCGGCCCGCUCGCUGGCGCCGCUGGUGUGCUUCGCCGUCGCCUACGGCUUCUUCGCCGCCGGAUACACGGCCAUGUGGGCGCGCAUGAGCACCAGCGUCUGCCAGGGCCCCGACGGCUCCGCCUCCUCGUCCUCGUCCGCGGCGCCGAUGGUCUACGGCCUGCUCAACUUUGGCAAGGGCCUCGGCAACGUCUUUGCCGGGCCCAUCGGCGGAAACCUGGUUGCCAGGGCGGGAGGCCAGUUUGGCGGCGACGCCCUCGCGUACCGCUGGGUGGUGGUGUUUACGGGCAUAUGCAUGCUGGCGAGCGCCGGUGCGAUUGGGGCCAAGUAUCUCAAGUCUGUGAGGGUUCUUUUCAGCGUGUAA